AGCUAUUUUUGUUGCUCGAGCGGCGCCGCGCGCAGCGCGGUCGGACGAGCGAUGGACGAGCGAAGAGUGCACCAGCUCGCGUGCGCGGCGGCUGGGGCCGUGGUGGGGGCGGCCGCGGCGCUGCUGCUGCGCCGGCGCUCCGCCGGCGUGGGGCACGGCGGCGAGGGAGGGCCCCCGGCGGACGUGGUCGUGAAGAUCGGCGGGUCGGCGUGCACCAGGAAGGCGGAGUUCGAGACGCUGCACGCCGAGAACCUCGCGGCAGCGGCGAAGCAGAUCGGGGAGGUGCACAGGUCUGGCAAGCGCGUGGCCAUCAUCCACGGCGCGGGCUCGUUCGGCCACCAACAGGCCAGGGAGUACGGCGUGUCCAAGGGCGUCGGGGAAGGGCCGCUGGCGUACCCGCUGGCCGGAAGGCUGCGCGAGGGCUUUGCGAAGACACGCCUCUCCGUCACGACACUCAACAAGCACGUCAUUACCGCCCUGAUCGAGCAGGGGCUGCCCGCAGUGACCAUGUCGCCGUGCCCCUUCGUCGGCACGGCGAAGAAGAAGCUACCAAGCUCGCGACUGCCCGCCGACGCUGUCGCGGGCGCCAGGGGACUGGUCCGCGCAGGCUUCGUGCCGGUCGUGCACGGGGACGCCAUCCUCGACUGCGAGCAGGGUUGCGCCAUCCUCAGCGGCGACGUCUGGAUGGUUGAGUUCUGCAAGGAGCUGCAGGCGAAGAGUGCGGUGUUCAUCACGGACGUGGACGGGGUGUUCACCAAGCCGCCCUGGGAGGAGGGCUCGCAGCUGGUGCGCGAGAUCCUGGUGGACGGAAAGACAGGCGAGCUGGAGCUCACUGGCGUCGCCACCACGACGGCCGACCACGACGUGACCGGCGGCCUCAGGGCCAAGCUGGAGAGCGCCGCCGAGGUGCUCCUGCGGUCGCCGACCGUGCAGGCGGUCUACAUCGUCCGCGCGGGGAGCGAGUCCGCGGCCCAGGCGCUCCGGGGCGAGACGCCGGCGAGAGGCACUGCGCUGCGGAGGCGCAGGUGAGCCUGCUCGGCUCCCCGGCGCAGCCCCGGCCCCCCGACGGGCGGCCCCCUCUGAGGCCCUGGCCACUCAGCCCUCCUCGUUCGCUGCUCUGCAUCGCUUCGCCCAGAAGCGGCAAGUGAGAGGCCAACAGUUUUCGCCGAGACACCAGCGGCAUGUCGGUAUGGCGCGGGGAAGGAGCGGCCGAAUUCGUUGCGCGUAUGUUUUGAACUGUACUGGUGGGACAGCGGUUGAUGUGAUCGUCGCCCAGAUCAGAAACAAAUUCUUCACAUGCGCCGAUCGUUGCUGAAUGGCUCUGAGGAGGACUGCCCUGCCUCGGCUUGCCAGCUAACCAGCCGCUGCCUUCUCUGGAAUGAAUCAUCAUAUUCGAGACCUGCAGACAGAUUUGCAAGUCUCCCGAUCGCGCGUGAUGUCCAUCCUGCACUAGCGCACGUGCCUCGGCGUAGUCGUCGUCUUCCUCCUCUGGCACUUCUCCCAGCUCUUCUGAGCGUGGUUCUCUGUGAUGACGCGGCUCUUUAUCACCUCGAAGAGCAUGCGCUG